GGAAACUUCCGAAGAUUACAAACUCUAGGAUAUUUGAGGAUUACAGUCCGAUUACUACCUCCUAUAUCCGUAUACUAAAAGAACUAAAAGUUCAAAAUGUCUAAACUAACAGCUGAGCUAAUAGCAGACUCUCCUCAAUUCAUGAACUCAGUUAAUGAUUGGGAAUUGAGCCUUAGAGGUAAUAAGAUUCAAGUUAUUGAAAACCUCGGGGCGACAUUGGAUCAGUUUGAUUGCAUUGAUUUCUCAAAUAACGAGAUACGGAGAUUGGAUGGAUUCCCAUACCUAAGAAGAUUGAAGAUGCUAAUUAUUAACAACAAUAAGCUAUGCCGUAUUGGUGAUGGUUUGGGUGAAUGCAUUCCUAGUCUCAGGUCCCUCAUAUUAACUUACAACAAUAUAGAAGAUCUGAGUGAUUUAGAGCCACUCUCUUCUCUUAAAUCACUUGAACAUUUAAGUUUACUGAGGAAUCCUGUCAUACACAAACCCGGCUAUCGCUACUACGUCAUCUUUAGACUACCCAACCUGAGAGUGCUGGACUUUAGACGUGUCAGGCUGAGGGAGAGAGAGAAGGCCAAUAACAUGUAUGGAGGCAAAGACGGACAACACAAGUUGCAAGAAGUCCAAAAGAAAUCGAAAACGUUUGUUCCUGGAGAGCCGCUACCCGUUGCCCCGGUAACAACUGGCCCCACCCCCGAGGCUAUAGCGAAAAUAAGAGACGCCAUAGCUAAUGCAAGAUCACUGGAAGAGGUCCAGCAGUUGGAGCUUAUGCUGAAAUCAGGUCAGAUUAAUGAACUAAUAAAGAAAGUGUCUGGAGAAGAAGAGGAGGAGGAGGAGGAAAUGGAAUCAACUACUGUCCAUCCAUCAAUGAACAGUAAUGGAGUAGUAUAAGAAAUGAAAAAUGAACACUGUGUACCCACUUUACUGUCUUCUGAUUUCGUUGAUAAUUUUAAUAAUAAUGUAUGAUUAUAAGACACUGAA